CAUGCUGGGGGCGGGGCGCUGCCGGCGGCGGCCGCGUUCGAACGGCGGCCGAGGGGCGGUGCGGCACGAUACGGCGCGACACGGCGCGAUAUGGCGGGCUCGGCGGCCCUGCUCCGCCAGUGCCCGCUGCUGCUGCCUCAGAAGCGGGACAGGACGGCCUACGAGGGCUUCGUCACCGCGCAGAGACUUCCAUAUCCGGAUACUGCUACCAAUAGAUUUUCAACUGAAAAAUGCAAGGAUAGAGUGUAGCUGGCAACUAAAGAAGAUACUGCAUGGAUAUCGGCAUAUUUUAAAGCAGAGGCUGCACAGCUGUCCAGAUCUUGUCAGUUUUAUGGUGGAGCUGAAAACUAUUUUGGAAAUUGCUUUAAAGAAUACAGAAGAGCUGCAUAUACCACGACCACCAGAAUACUACUCCUGUCUUGUCAGAGAUCUAGAAAUACUGGGUUGGAAUAAAGUUGCAUAUGUGGAUACUAGUCUUACCACAAUCAAGCUAAAAGCUGAAGACUCAUGUGGUCGACAACAUCUGAUCACUCUGAAGUUAAAUGCAAAGUAUCCAACAGAACCACCAGAUUGCCUUGUGGAUUUUCCUGUUCAGUUUGCUAUUUCCUGGAUGCCACAGAACUCCUUAAUAGACAUCCAUAAUCAGUUCCUGGCAGCAUUAGAAUCACUGAAAGAAUUCUGGGAUGCCAUGGAUGAAAUUGACGGGAAGACAUGGGUGCUUGAGCCAGAAAAUCCCACACGGAGUGCUACAAUAAGAAGAAUCGCAAUAGGGAACAACGUUUCAGUGACCAUAGAGGUAGAUCCCAGGCAUCCAAACAUGCUCCCUGAGUGUUAUUUUCUUGGAGCAGAUCACGUGGUUAACCCUUUGAGAACUAAGCUGAACAACAACAUGCACUUGUGGGACCCCAAAAUCAGUUUAUUACAGAACUUGAAAGAUGUCUUAGAAAUUGAUUUUCCAUCUCGUGCUGUGCUAGAAGAAAGCGAUUUUACUAAGGACUGUGGAAUCUGCUAUGCCUAUCGACUCGAUGGCACUACCCCAGAUCAAGUAUGUGAUGAUGCCCGAUGCGGACAACCUUUUCAUCAGGCUUGCCUGUAUGAGUGGCUACAAGGUCUUCCUUCGAGCAGACAGAGUUUUAAUGUCAUCUUUGGUGAAUGUCCAUAUUGUAACAAGCCCCUGACACUGAAAUCUUCCAUGAAGAAACUUUGAGAAAAACAGCAUGGUGGGAACACUGCUGCACUUAAACAGAAGACAAUGAAACAGUGACAUCAAGUAAAAGACAAAGAAAGCAAUAUUAGAAACAGAAGCGCAAGUAUAGCUAUACUGUAGUGGUAUCUUUCUUCAGUAAAUGCAAGUCUAAAUAUAGUGGAUAUAGAAAGACCAGGUUCUUGCAAUGAUACUGGAUGAUCUGUAGUUAACAGUUGAUCUUGAUUGUUCUUUCUGGAUUCUGAGAAUGUUGCUUGGGGGUAGAGUGGUGGUAAUUCUCUUCCUGCGUCUUUCUGCAGGAAAAAAAAUUAAUUACAACCUUGGUAUUUGAGUGAAUGAGAUGUGAAUCAGAUAAAAAAACAAAGAUGCCAAAGAUCUGGGUAUUUAAAUUAUUCUGGAGAAAGCAAUGCAAUUCUGACAAAGUCUUAACAUUUGAAUUUGCAGAUGUAUAUUAAGUGUGUAACAUUAAGCAUGAUUAAACACCAUUUAAAGAGAUAGAGACUCUCCUAAUGAAGUGAACAGCUGAAAAUCUUCUAUAUCUAUUUUCCUAAAAACGUUAAUAUAUUAACAGUGUCUUUACAGUGUUCCUGUUAAUAAAGACUGGAAACC